AUGAUUUCCAGAGUUGUGUUUAAGAGUUUGAGUCGUUCGGUGGUCUCGAGGAGCGCAUUGACUUCCAGCGUUGCACGUCCCUGUGUCCAGCCAUUGAGAUUGACAUCGUUUGGUCAAAUUAGAAAAUAUUCGUCUGAGCAUGAUGAGGAGACUUUUGAAGAGUUCACGGCCAGAUUCGAGAAGGAGUUCGAGGAGGCAUACGACCUUUUCGAAGUGCAAAGAGUGUUGAACAACUGUUUCUCGUACGAUUUGGUUCCAGCACCUGUGGUCAUCGAGAAGGCUUUGAGAGCCGCAAGAAGAGUCAACGAUCUGCCCACCGCGAUCAGAGUUUUCGAAGCCUUGAGAUAUAAGGUCGAGAACGACGGACAGUACAACGCGUACUUGGACGAAUUGAGCGAUGUGAGAAAGGAGUUGGGUAUCCCACUCAAGGAGGAGCUGUUCAAGCCAUCUGCUGACGCCUCUCACUAA